UCACGGAAAACUGGCUACCGCUUCCGUUUUAAUAUUGGAAAUAAUCAUGUUCUUGCUGUCCCUUUAUUACGUUACAAAAUAUAAGAUGACACCUUAAUUCGUUCACUUUUUGUAUUCAGCGGUAAGUGGCUCUUAGCUAACGUAACUGAAGCUUCUGUUGGGACCUUGGAUCAUAUUCAUCGACAAUAACGUCUUGGGAACGGCCAUCUUAUGCGCGGAAAUAUUUGUUCAAGUGACUUUUAAAAAGAUGCCUUCAAGUCCUCUGUCAGGAAAAACAAAUUGUUGAACCAAUAGGAAAUCCUCUUCAAGCAAACAGAAGAUAUAUGAGUGCGAAAAGUGCAUCUGGUAGAUAAUUUCUUGGAUCGUGUUUCAGUUGCACAUUCGUGUUCAUUUUUCCUUUUCUCUGCAUGUCGUCGGCUUAACUAGGUACACAGAAUGCCUGGCUUCACGUCACUUUUUAUGAUCUUAAUAUUCGUGUCAUGUAUUGAAAGCUUCUACGGCAACGAUGACUUCCGUUCUUCUUAUUUAUCUAUCUGGGAAGACCACGUUUUAUUAGGCCACGUAAUGGAAUUACACCCUGCGCGACGAAUUACUUCGUGUGCCCAACACUGCUUGUCUAAACCAGAAUGUCUUUCCUUCAACUUUGGCACGGCUUCUAAUCUUUGCGAGCUGAACAAUUCAUCUUCUCAAUUUGCAAAGCAAGACCUCAUGCGAAGAAGCAACUUCGUCCAUGGCCACUGGAUAACUUUACCUGUUGUUUUUACAACGCUAGGUGCACAAGGACCUACGGGACCAACGAGCACAUCCGGGUACUUGGGCACGUCGCUUGAGGGUCAAGUCCAACUAAAGAACGGCAUUCAAAUGUGGACAGUUCCCAACACAGGAAGGUACGUUAUCGAUGCUUUCGGUGCUUCGGGAGGGAAUGGCAAAUGUAACACAUGUACGAGGUGGAGGCUUGGAGGUCUGGGUGCAAAAAUAUCGGGCUCCUUUACACUCAAGCGUGGGCAAAAGUUAAAAAUAUUAGUCGGACAAAAAGGGAAGAUUAACUCCGACUUUCCGAAUACCGCAGGAGGUGGGGGAGGUGGUACCUUCGUUACACUCAUGAAUAAUUCGCCUCUGAUUGUAGCCGGUGGAGGAGGGGGAGCAAGCGGUAAAACGGACGGUGACCCUGGACAAGCUAGUCAGGCAGGAACGAGGAAAGGAGGUAAAGCCGGGUCAGGAGGAAAAAGAUCGGAUCCAGGUAACAUAUUGUCUGGGACUGGAGCAGGAGUGUGGGAAGAUGGCGAGGGUAAGGAUGGAAAAGCGCUGAGUUUUCAAAAUGUUCAACUUGGUGGUCACGUUGCUGAUAAUCGGUCACCAACAGGAGGAUUUGGUGGAGGGGGUUAUGCAUUGGGGUUUCCCGGAGGAGGAGGCGGAUACUCCGGUGGAGGAGUUGAUGGGGUGUCAGUAGACAAUGUUACCGCAGGAGGGGGAGGCUCCAUAAACAAUGGCACAUCGCAGAUUAACGAGAGCGGUGUCAAUGAUGGAGACGGUAGGCUCAUUAUCACACUGAUGAAUUAGGUACAGAACUGGAUUAAUGACAUUUCAAAACGAAGUGCUUCUUCGAGCAAGAUGUGUAUUUUACAUUGUAUUUUCAACUGGUCAUUAGUGACUCAGAUAAUUUUAUUUGAAUUCGUAGCAAGCAGAAGUAACCAGUUGUAUGACACGGAUACAUCCAGUAAAAGCACUAAGCUGCCCACAUGCGUUACGAUGGUGACCAGUUUUCAAGAGGGGAGACCGUGGACAGGGUCGGCUAAGGAAUGUUUUUUCGUGGAGAAGGAAGCGUGCAUACUCCGAUGGUGGAACUGAAGGAAUUUACCCACCGGUACUAGACACGAUACAUAACGAAGAGAGGAAGGAUGGUGUCUUUUGCGGGCAGCAUGUAUAAUUUCUAUGCAUUUGCAAUUAGCCAUCAGACAUAAUAACCCGCAUUCUGCGUGGUGUUUUGCCUGUUCGUUAUCUUUAUAACUGCAUAUGACCAUGACUCAGACAUUCUUACUGGAUACAAAGCUGGCAGACUUAAGAAGCCAAGUGUAUGACACAAGUUUAAGUUAAUAAUCAAAUUCUGGAGAAGAUUACGAAGAAAAAUGGUCGAAAUCGUACAAAACAGGCAAACUGACCUUCUUCGUCACCGGGGAAGUGUUCCUGCAAAUGCAAGGAACAUCACAAAAUAUUAUGAGAUACUUUUCCAAUAAAAGUUCAAUAAAUAUCAAGCUGCCACGAGCCAGCGUAGCCGACAGUUUCAGGCUAACAUUAGUCUGCUUUCUUUUGGUUCGUUGAGAGAGAGGUUAAGACGAGAAAAUACACACGUGAAGAAUAGGUGCUAAGACGCCUCUACAAUAUGAAUUUGAAGCGGCGCUAUCCCAAUUUUGGCUAUGUGACCCCAAUCUAUCGCCUCUUUCUUGCAGUCUGUUUAUAAACAGGCAACCAUAGGGAAAUUAUUAUUUUCCCUGUUUGACACAGGAGUAUUAUAUCAGCCAUCCAGGAAGAAUGAAAACCAGAACCUAUCAAAAUGCAACCAAAACUUGGACGUUUUCCAUGCAAAUUUGAAUGGAAUUUGUAAGACGAAAUCUGAUAGGAAAUCGGGGAAUUUCAGUUUUCAGUGGACAAGAACCUUGUACCAAAAUAAUUUCAAGUAUAUUACAGUCCUUUUUGCA